AGUUUGCAUCUCAUUUUUGGCACCUCACAUGGACUUCCGUUUGUAAAAAAUGAAAUGAAUUUCAGCAAGUUUUGUAUUAUGCUAGGCCUUCUAGCGAUGGCCCAUGCGGCAUAUUCUGCCGCACAACAUCGCACAUAUUUACGACUGACAGAACAAGAAUUCACUAGUUUACCUUUAGAUAUAAUUUUACAGUGUUUUGUUGGUUUAAUUUUGACCUGUUAUGGUGUUGUUCACAUAUCUGGAAUCUUUAAAGAAAUUAGAGCAAAUGCUGACCUUGAUAAUAAAUCUUGGGACAUGUUAAGUAGUAGACAGUCCAUGUAUUCAUUUAACCACCGUGGUGUAGCUUUAUACAGAGACAGAGGAUAAAUCCAGCAUCAUACCUACAGAAAUCAUUCCUUAUCCAUCGGACAAUUUUGAAUGAAAGGAGUUAGACUUCCUUUGAAAACGAAUAACUUCAGGAUGUUGUCAGUUCCCUAUGAUAAGACUUAUUAAGAAAUCUAAACUUACUCAUUCAUGGACUUGUUUAUAGUCAGAACUAAUAUAUACUUUUGUAAAGAACAGACUUGAAUUUUUAUUUUCAUUCAAAAUCACGGUUAUCAUAUUUGAUAGUAUAGCUAUUUCUGUUUAGAUCAUUUUUAUUGGUCAAAGACUAUUGUUAUGCUUUGAGCAAUACCCCAUGUAUAUGUUGUAAGCAUUAUUUGUAUUAAUGUAUCUUUCUGUCAUGUCUGUGGAUAGUAAAAUUAUACUUUUUACAUGUC